AUGGAGAAGACCCUCAGUAUCAAAACCAACCUCUUUCUCUCUUCUCUCCUCUUCUUCUCUUCUUCGUUUCUCCUCUUUCCUUCAACACACGCCAUCACUCCCCCUGGAACCAUUGAAAGGACCACAAAACAGCAGGUCCUGGCAACCAUCCCUCCAAACACAGAGGCCCCACAAACACCGGGCUCAUCUCAGCCUUUCAUCACCUCCCCAUCCGGAAAAUACCAAGGCUACCUCCUGCGUCGGGAGACCUCGCCUGGUGCUGGCGGUUUCGGAAAUGAUUUCUGCUACAUCCAGAUCCAAUCGUCCGGCCACAGCGUGUGGGAAUCGGAGUGUGCGGCCGUCAGCAAUGAGAAUGCAUGCACGCUGGUGUUUUCCGACGCGGGGCUUGAGAUCUUUGAUGGGAGCAGGUCAUCAUGGGAUACAGAUGCAGACGCGGAUGACGCAUUGGAGACGUUGGUAUUGAUUGAUAGAGGGGAUAUGCAGAUAACGGAUCGGAGUGGGAACCUUGCGUGGAAGGCCAGUGAUAACCCGAUCGCGAAUCAGGAAUGUGGGUCGGUCGGAUCACCGGGUUUGGCUUCGGGUCUGCCUCCUUUUGCAUCUCCUAUUGCUGGGGGUGGGCUGAAUUUUGGGCAGCCUUUGGGGGGUAACACGCAGCAACCUGGAUUGGUUGGAAAUCAGCAGCAAAAACAGCCUACAUUGGGUGGAUAUCAGCAGCAGCAGCAGCAGCAGCUACCAUUCAAUCAGCCAUUGUCUGGAUUGAAUACUCCGUUUGGAGUGAAUAGCCAGCCUCUUGUAGACAACACUCCAUUUGAUAGUAGAGCUUCUCCUUCUACUUCAAGGGAAAUGCUGCUGCUAUUCACUGCUUUGGCUUUUGUUCUAGUUACCUUGAUGGCUCAGGAGUUUCUAUUCUGA